GGUUCACCCGACUUGUUUCGUCAACAUCGGACUCCAUAGAUAGAGAGAUACCUGAAGUGAAGAUAUAUAUACAAAUCUUCCAUUUCGUGCCUAUACAUACAGUAUUUUGCUCUUACUGAUUCUGUUCUGAUUUGCUUGGGUAAUUUUUCAACUCAGAAGAGUUCUUUCUUGUUCGUUAUUUUCAAUUGUUUUGACUGUAAGAAUUAGACAAGAACACAAAAAGGCGCCUUUUUGUUGUAUCAAGAUUAGCUCUUUGAUCCUCUAGAGGGAGAAAUGGCUUCUUCUUCGUCUGCUCAAUCAAGAAUCUCGAAUCUCCAGAAUCAUCUUUCACCUCUUGAGGCAAACACCAAGCUCAGGAGUCUGGUUAAGAUAUCUCCACAAGUAUCUGAAGCCUUAUCCAAUGGGCGCGCUGUGGUCGCACUUGAGUCAACCAUAAUCUCCCAUGGGAUGCCUUACCCUCAAAAUCUGCAAACAGCAAAACAGGUGGAGUCAAUUGUGAGAGAAAAUGGAGCUAUCCCUGCAACUAUAGCUAUCCUGAAUGGAGUACCUUGCAUAGGUCUGAACGAAGAAGAAUUAGAACGUCUUGCAUCUCUGGGAAAAAAUGUCCAAAAGACAGCAGGCAGAGACAUACCACAUGUUGUGGCUACAAGAGGAAACGGUGCAACUACAGUCUCUGCAACGUUGUUUUUCGCUUCUAUGGUUGGCAUCCAAGUUUUUGUGACGGGCGGGAUAGGAGGUGUGCAUAGGCAUGCUAACCAUACUAUGGACAUAUCAUCUGAUCUUACUGCACUUGGAAGAACCCCUAUAGCAGUGAUAUCAGCAGGCGUUAAAUCAAUACUUGAUAUUCCAAAGACUCUUGAAUAUUUGGAAACUCAAGAGGUGUUUGUUGCUGCAUACAAGAGCGAUGAGUUUCCAGCAUUUUUCACAGAAAAAAGCGGCUGUAAGGCACCUUCCCGUGAUAGCCCUGAAGAAUGUGCUCGAGUAAUAGAUGCAAACAUGAAGCUGAACCGUCAGGCAGGGAUUCUAUUUGCUGUUCCAAUUCCGAAACAGCAUUCAGCCGCCGGAAAUCUUAUCGAAUCAGCAACACAGCGUGCUCUUACUGAAGCAAGGGAACAAAACGUUACUGGAAAUGCAGAAACUCCGUUCUUACUUGCACGGGUUAAUGAAUUAACUGGAGGCACUUCACUUGCCGCAAACAUUGUGCUUGUGAAAAACAAUGCCCUUAUUGGUUCACAGAUUGCAGUAGCCCUUUCUCAGCUGAUGUGAGCUUCCUUAUCAAUCUCGAGCUCAAGCUCAAGCUCAGAUUCAAGACUUAUCGAAGAUGUUUUGGAUUGGUAGCUAUUAAGUGUUUUUAUUUUGGUUAUCAAAGAUUUUUUCUUUAGCUCAAGAAACUCUUUAACCUAUUUUCACAUGUUAUAUAUCUUGUGGAGCCUGGUUUGUCUCCUUGUCUAACUUCCCUUAAAUAUUAAACUAUUUAAAUAUCUUAAUCUUACAAAGGAUCUCAAGGAAAGA